AUGUCCGACUCAACGUACAGUCGAGUCGACAUGGGCAACUCCGAGGUGACACGUACGACGAGCUCGGAAUCGUCCUGGAAGAGCUCGGAUCUGGACAAACCACGCAACUGGCAUCCUCGAGGAUGGAAAGCCGAUUACCUAACCCAAGACAACUUGGUCCAAAGCGCGAGAAGUCUGAAGAGGGCAACCACAGCGGCCGUCGUCUUUCCGCUCGCAUCCGAUGAGGGAGUGCGCAAGCUCAGGCGGCACGCCUUCGCACUCCUGACAGUCGCCGUCUUUGGCAUCCUGCCGCUCGCCGUCUACUUCAGCAUCCUGGACACGCCUUUCGCCGCGAAGCCCGUGACUUGCGGUGGCAUCCAGGUCGAAGAAGAUGGCACAUCGGGCAUCGAGAGCCUGUUCACCGUCGACCGCACCGCUGGCAGUUUUCCCUUCUGGCUGGCCAAGCUCCUGGACACGGUGUGGGACCUGUUCGUGGCGCGCGGCAUGCAAUUUCUGGCUGCGAUUAUCAGUUACGUUGUUUUCUGCAACGCCAUGUUGCGCGCGCUGGAGGCGUCGCCCGUGCCCUACCGCACCUUCACCGGCCUGGCGCUGAAUGGCGCGUCGCUUGGGACCGUCGUCUCGCUUUUGCGGGACCUGCGCCGCCACGAUAGGGCGCGCACCGUGUGGUUGUUCGCGUACGGCGCCGUGGCACUGACGUACGUGCUCGCCAUGCCGACGCUGUUCUCGACCAUGACCGGAUAUGUCAGCGUGUCGUCGCCCUUCACAAUGGUGCCGGGGACGUCACAGUUCGUGCCGACCGACUCGUUCAAGUAUGGCUAUUCGUUUACUGGAUUGCCGGAAAUUGAGGACGGCACUUGCCUGAGUACAGAUUCCGUUUACCCCACCGAUCGCAGAGAUAUGUCCCAAAGAAAUAUAUGCAACAACACCUGCGUGACGCAUUUUUGGAACGGCACACAUAAGGAUCUGGCGACGGGCGAGAUUAUACAGCCCAGAAACGCCACGGCAGUAAACGAACUACUCACGAAAACACAAAACUGCUCACGGUUCGACAACGAGACAUACAACGGUGUUAGCCUUUAUUACCCGGGCUCCCCGUACUACUAUCCACCCGAAGACGACCUCACAGAAUACAACAACCCAGACAACAUCCAAUACAACUGCACCGCCACCAUCACCCUCUCCAUCGCCAACCACAACAUCCCCUACGACACGGCCAUGGCCCACUCCGACCCCUUCCGCACCCAGUGCUACAACGGCACCGGCUACAGCCUGUACACGGUCGAGCAGAACAGCCGCUGCCUGCCCGACACCGCCGCCAGCCGCCCGGCCUACCAGUGGGGCUUCUCCGCCAUGCUGACCAGCGUCGUGCUCAUCGUGCACGCCGUCUGGGCCCUGACCCUGUACGCCGUGUGGCUCGACGCCGAGUGCCGCGGCGACGUCGUGCGGAGGGAGGGUGAAGGAGGGACAGGGGGGAUGACCCAGUUGAGGGCCGCUUGGUUUGCCGUUGCAGCCGCGAGGGGGUUGGUUGUGGACGAGGAAGAGAGGGAGGGGAGGGAUGCGGGCAUGGGGUGCGGGCCCGAGGAGGUCGAGGGCAUGGCGGGGAAGAAGGAGGCGAAGGUGGGGGUGGGGUUGUUUGAGGAGGCGUGCGUGAGGGAGCGGGGUGGGAAGGCGGAGGAGGUGAGGAGGGAGGGGGUAUAG